UCACGUGCGUUCUCAUAUUCUUCUCCCCUUGUCGUGGGCUUCGAACCACCUCACUUCCCAGAACUAUAAAAGUCCAAAAUCCAAAGUGAUACAAAUACACAUUUUAAUGAGUUAAAAUAUUGCAUAUAUUUGAAUUUAAAAAUGUUCCUUCAGAAGGCAUGGAGAACAGCGGCUUUCGGGUUGUAUGGGUUGACGCAGUUCACCAAAUCUGGAUUCCAAGAACAUGCGAAAAAGUUCAAAGAAGAAGAUAUGCAAAUUCGAAUGGAAGGGAAAAACUGUGUGGUCACAGGUGCUAAUUCUGGCAUCGGUUAUGCAACUGCUGAGGGUUUGGCCUCACGUGGUGCGACUGUUUAUAUGGUCUGUCGUAGUAAAGAGCGAGGCGAGGCUGCUCUCUCCAAAAUCCAGUCCGCCACGGGUAACCCUAACGUCCAUCUGGAGGUCUGUGAUCUCUCUUCCAUCAACAACGUGAAGUCAUUUGUAUCUAAAUUUUCUUCAGAUGACAAACCAGUUCAUGUUUUAGUUAAUAAUGCUGGGUUACUUGAACAAAAGAGAGUAAUUACACCAGAAGGAUUGGAGUUGAACUUUGCUGUGAAUGUGGCAGCUACUUUUACUAUCACAGAAUUGAUGAUGCCACUCUUGGAGAAAGCAGCACCCGACGCUCGUGUAAUUACAGUCUCCUCUGGUGGAAUGUACACAACUCCGUUGACCAAGGAUUUGCAGUUCAGUGGAAGCAACUUUGAUGGCACACUACAGUAUGCUCGAAACAAGAGGGUUCAGGUGGCACUUACUGAAAAAUGGGCGGAAACAUACGGCAAAAAGGGUGUUGGCUUCUAUUCGAUGCAUCCAGGUUGGGCCGAGACACCAGGUGUGGCUAAAAGCUUGCCUGAUUUUUCGCAAAGGUUAUCGGGAAAGCUUAGAACAAGCGAAGAGGGAGCAGAUACCGUGAUUUGGUUAGCCUUACAGCCAAAAGAAAAGUUAGUCCCAGGCGCAUUCUACUUUGAUCGUGCCGAAGCACCUAAACAUUUGUUAUUUGCAGGGACCGCAAAGUCCCAUGCUCUUAUCGAUUCAAUUGUCGACGAGCUUCGUUCGUUGUGUGCGCUUCCUGCGCAAACUGCGCUUACCUGAGUGGUGGGAAUGUAUCGAUUUUAUGGCAUUCGGAUGACGGCCUUGUUUGCUUCCUUUCAAAUUGUUGUCAUGUGAUUUGUCCAAUAUAUUGUCAUUUUAUUUGAAAAACGGUAAAAGUGAUGUAACUAGAUAAGGCUAUUUUAGUAGUAUGCAGUGA